GGGCGGGUCUUAAACUGCAUCACAGCUGAUCUGGAGGUUUUUCCCCCCUCAAGUUGUUUUUUGCGGAGAGCAGCUUUGCAGAGAAUCACAGGGGGACCUCUCUCUUGUUUCCUCUCUCGCCUUCUUGUUGUUUUUUUUUAAACCCAGCUUCUCUAAAAACUAGACUCCAAUUUUUCUUCAACACAAUAUCGGAUUGAAAGCCCGGCGCAGUUUCAGCAUGCCACUUGUUUUCAGAAUAAACUGCUAUUAUUGCAAUUUUUCACUCGAAUACCCUCGUCUUUUUGUCAUCCACGGUGAAUUUAGCCCAAGUCUGACCCAGUUUUAGUGCUUUAGCCUUCACAGCAUCCCAUGUGUUAGUGCGAGCCACCAGUGGAGAUGUUUUCGGCAGGAGAGGAGGUUAAUUCCCAUUUGUUUACCUCACUGAAGGAGUCCCCUGGAGCUGCAAUCUCCCCAACACUGGAGCUCAGUCUGACAACCAUCUACACUGUCCUCUACUCUUUCCUGUUUGUUUUCGUUUACCUGCAGCUCUGGCUUAUUUUGCACUACGGACACAAGCGCUUCAGCUACCAGAGCGUGUUUUUGUUUCUGUGUUUGCUGUGGGCAGCGCUGAGGACGACCCUCUUCUCUUUCUACUUUAAAAAUGUGGUGCAGGCCAACCAGCUGCAGCCUCUGGCCUACUGGCUGCUCUACUGCUGCCCCGUAUGCCUGCAGUUCUUCACCCUCUGCCUGCUCAACCUCUACUUCACACAGGUGAUGUUUAAAGCUAAAGCCAAGUAUUCCCCAGAGCUCACCAAAUACAAGGUUCCUCUGCGUUUGUUCUUCCUGUCUCUCAGUAUAUUUUUCCUGGUGGUGAAUCUGACUUGUGCGUUGUUAGUGCAAGGAGCUCUGGAGCGCUCAGAAUCGCCAAGUGAUGGGGGGAUCAGACAUGCGGUCCUGGCCCGUGUCCUGAUCAACGACAGUCUCUUCGUCUUGUGCGCCAUCUCUCUGGCCGUCUGCAUCUUCAAAAUUGCCAAGAUGUCCUCAGCCAAUGUUUACCUGGAAUCUAAGGGUACGUCUGUGUGCCAGGCCACCGCCAUAGGAGCCAUGGUGAUUCUCCUCUACACAUCCAGAGCCUGUUACAACCUGGUGGUGGUGGCUCUGUCACCACAGGACAGACCCAACCCCUUUAAUUAUGGCUGGUACAGCGUGUCUGACCAGGCUGACGUGCAGGAGAUCAGUGGUGAAGCCUACAUCGUGUUUGGGAUCAUUUUGUUCUUCUGGGAGCUGCUACCGACCAGCUUAGUGGUGGUUUUCUUCAGAGUCCAGAGACCCAACCAAAACCUGGCUCCAGGAGGGAUGAUCAACAGCCACAGUUUCAGCUCCAGAGCUUAUUUCUUUGACAACCCUCGACGGUAUGAUAGUGACGACGACCUGUCCAGAAGCAUUAACAGUAGGGCUGAUCGAGCCAGCCUUCUCUCCACCACUCCCCAGCUGGGUGCAUCCAGUUGGUAUGGCUCCAUCCAAUGUAACGGGACUCUGACGGCGGGCGUUGCGUCAGCCCAGCAACCGCCAUCUUCCACCGCCCCCGUCCUCUUUGCCUACGGGAACAUCCAGAGUCACCACCACCACCACAACUACUACUCCACCCCACAGAACAACAACUACCACCACCAUCAUCACAGUAACUUCUAUUCCACACCACAGAAUUAUUACUGCGGGUCUCAAACAUAUUUCUGCACCCCACAGAAUUAAGCAUAAAACAGACAAAUAUCUUAACGAUUGUCUGCAUUUGCGUCACCAUUUUGCUUCCCCAACUACAUCAAAGCAGGUACCUUUGAGAGAUAAUCUGAAAGAUUGCUGAGGACCAAGUUGGGCAUAAAAAUUGGUUUACCAAUUUAUUGAAGAAAUGUGGUGGAAUCAGCCAUUGGGAAGGUGUUGUGCCAUGACAAACUGCUUUUUGAGGACUUGCACCAUCUGUAAAUGGCGUGAAUGGACCAGAAUAAAAGCAAGCAAAAGCAAUCCAUGGACCAGAGUUUUAGCACCAAUAUGGCUAAUACACCUAAAACUGCAAAGACCAAACCUUUUCUGUUAAAUGUUUUGGUCAGAUUAUCAUUUUUAAAAGUGGAAUCAUCAGGGACCAGAUAAUCAUCGUUCUCAUUUUCUCUUUUUUGCAUUCCUUGCAAAUUUUAUUCAGUUACGCUUCUGUGGGAGACAAAACAAUGCACAGAGAGGAUCGAUGUAGCGGGUUUAUCAAGUUAAUGUGGCUAAUGCUAAUCUGUAAAUCAAGAUGUUAUAUUCACUCAGCAUCUGUCAAACUUUUAGUGGUCAAAAAUAAGUUGUGUUACUGUUUUUAGUGGGUACGCAUAUGAUCCUAGCGUGCUAAUUAACAUUAAAAAAAGGGUCAUUUAGGCUGGGAAAAAAAACAGUGAAGGAUUGACUUUGAUCCUCAAAAAGACUUCUCUGACCAUUAUAACCAAGAUUUAUGGUGUUUCUCACUUUUAGGUCUGACUACGUUUGGACAGGAAUUAGCUGUUGCUAAUUUGCCUUUAGCUGUUCGGGGAGAGCUAGCUUCUAGCCGACGCUAACAGUUAGCUUAAACUCACAAUCUUUUUAACCACCAAAACGAACAAAAAGAGACCCGACAAAAUUGAAAUACGAAAAGAAAAUGAAACGUUUCUAUCACUGACUUUGUUUUACUAACUUAUUGGCAGCAAAUACGUUUUCAAACUGUGAUAGUUAACGGAGCUAUUUGUAAGUUUUGCUAUUGCUACGUAGCUAGCGUUAGCAUUAGCGGAUGUUUACUUACCAGUCCGGAAGAAACGAUGCGAAACUUCAUUCCUUCACUCGCCAACAGCUGUCUCCAGCAGUGAAAACUCAACACCAAUGUUAACUCUUGUCUCUAUCGCGUCUUUUCUUCCACUGAAGUUAGCAUGCUAACUUCCAGCUAGCCAGCUAGCCUCGGCCCGCCUCGUCUCUUUCCGAUAGCGAUUCACCAUAGCCUCUAUCCCUGAGGAUGCAGCGCUGCUUGGAGGGUGUAUUAUAACCUCUAGUCUUGCAAACGCAAAAAAUGGCUGAAGCUCUUGUCAAGCAACAAUCACCACCACCUGCUACUGGCAAGAUACCACAUGCAACGGCAGAGAAAACUUACAAAUAGCUCUUAGCUCAAUAGCUAAUUUGGUGCCACACAAAUAGAAAGUUGUACAAACGGCGUUAGCAUUCUUGACUUUAGCCUGUCCACAAAGUCCUACUUUACAAUGGAUUCUUGUAUAGUUUGACAUGUAAAAUAAGCUUCUUUUUUUUUUGUUGCAAUUUUCAUUACUGACAGGAAUCAAGUAAUAGUAAAUUUAUUUCACAGUUCACAAAUAUCAUCUGUGUAAAGGUCUUGCAGCCUGAAAAUAUGCGCCGCCAAAUCCAGGCUAACCCACAAUUACACAAUAGAAACUAUGUGAAAACCUAAGACUGGAGUCACAGUGCAACUACAUAGCCUACACUGUCAAAACGCAUUUUACACAGCAGCAACGUUAUCAAUAUGCUACAGAUUAAAGUUGCAAUAUGUAAUUUACAUUCAGCAUUGUUGGAAAAAUCAGCCCUAAGAUUGUUUGUUGUUUGAUAACAGGGUGGAAGAGUCUCUGAAACAAUAUUUUUUGACCAAAAACUCUUCAUCUGUUUGUGAGCUGUGAGACAACAAUUUGCACUUAGAAGAAAUUCACCCUCAGAGAAAAAAGGCUUUGGAGCCUGAAUGUAGGAUUUCAUCUCCUUAUUUUAUGUAUUUUCUUCAAUUGUUGUCUGUAUUCUGUAUGUUACUAUUUAUCCUUUGAGAAAGGAAAUAUCAAUGUGCCAUCACAUUUUUGUCAUAUCUAAGAGUUUCAUUCAUUUAGGAAAAUAUUUUUGCACAAGAAAUGGUGGGAUGAUGUAUGUUUUGAAUCGUUUGUGUGUCUCCAAGCUAAUCGAUUUCUAAUCCAAGUGUGAGAUUUGUGACAUUUUGAGUCAGUAUGUGUGUGAUUUUAGAUUUUUGUUUUUGAAGUUUAGUAUGCUUUUAUACAUUAUUUUUUAUUUUAUGUUGAUUUUUACUGUCUAACAGAUUUUAUAGUUUAUUUUUUUCACUCUCCCUCUCCUUCUGUUAUUCAUAAUCUCACACAUUUCCUGAAUCUCAUGACUGACUGCAGUCUGUAAGCAAUAUUUACUUUAAUUGAACAUUUUUGCUUAUGACCCAGUUCUCAGACCAAAAUCAGUGCAUCUGUGUUAACUAAGUUUUUCAGGACUGAGGGGGAAAAAAUGCUAUCCAUGUGUUCUUUAACACGGUGGUACUUCAGCACACUCAAUCUGUAAAUGACCAUGUACACUUCUGACUUCAUACAAGACAACAAAGAAGCAACAUUGCAGCUGGGUUUAACUUUAAGCUGCGAGAACACCGGUACUGUUUCUUGAAGUUAAUUACCAGUGAAGUCAUUUAGUUGAAGUAGACCGCUGUUAAAGCAUCUCUCGUAUCAACAAGUUUCACAGGACACUUUAAAAUACAGUGAAGGCAGUGAACGUCUCACCGUUGGGUCCAGCUGUUCAAACCAUUUCUGAAGAAACUAACAUCUGCAGUGCAUGCUUCUGAAUCAGAGUGCAAGAACUCAGUGUCAUAUUUUCCUUCCAAGGUGAUAUUAUUUGUGUGGAAAUGUUAUUUGAUCUAUCUGCUCUGAAAAGGCAGGGGUAAUUGUUUUAUGUUGUUUUAUCCGUGGCCAUACUGAAUGUAACCUAUUGUGUGACAGAUCACUAAUGAUGUAUGCAAGAAAAGCACUACCAUGAUUAAAUAAAGGCCUACUGCACUGUUUUUAAGACAAA